AUGACCGCCCCGCCUUCCUCGACCAGCUCUCAGCAAAGCUACAACCCGCACGAGCCUAUCGCCCGCUCACUCGACACCAUCCACGGCUGCCCACAGGCCGGCUUCGCUGCCGGCGCUUUGCGGCGCGUCGUGCGCCCACUCGCCCACUACGAAACCGCCGUCCGCAAGCCUGCGGUCGAGCGCCUGAACACCGUCCGGGCGCGACUCGACCUCGAGGUGCGAGAACAAGCACGGCGACGCCGGCUCGCCGAGGACGAGAGGCAGCGGUGGUGGGACGGUUUGUUGCCUGAGGAGCGACGGCGUCUGUCGGUGCGGCGGCGACGGGCAAAUUGGCAAGAGGAGAUCGAGCGCGAGCACUCGGCGUGGCAGGAAGGGCUCGAGCGGCGGUACGAGGAGGCUCUGACGCGUGAGCAGGAGGCGGACGUGUUCGAGCGCACCUUGGCAAGCUUGUCGGCGGAAGAUCACUCGCUCAGCAAGGUCGGCGCCUUUCCCGAGGUCAAGCGCUUUGCGUCGGCAAUGGUUCUCGGGCCACGUUCGGGUGCAGCGUUCGACCGCAGGGCCGGCUCGUGGGCGCACAACCCGGUACCUGGUGACGGCAGCGGGAGGUGGGGGUGGGCGGACGGGACUCUCGUCGGGGCUGCAUCGCGCAUUCAUUGA